AUGGCAUCCGGAGAACGGGUUACUUCCACGCCAGAAUCUCAAGAAGAGCAACACGUUUCUUUUGAAAUCCCGAGCAAAAAUUUUAAAUCUUCCUCAACACGUACGCCGUCUCUGCUUUCAGACUCUUCAGCCAAUUUUACACUCAGAACACCGCGUUAUCACAAGUUAUAUCAACCGUCAUUACGCGAACAAUGGGCAGUACAACUUGACAACUCGGAACUAGGAAGUGUAUGGAAGCUGGUAGACGCUGCUCUCAAUAUUCUAUUGUGCGGGAUAUACAUUUCGAAUACACCAUAUUUUAAGCGAGAACUCCCAUCAUAUCACGUUUGGUUUGAAUUUGUGGUGACCAUAUUGUUGCUAUUGGAAUAUAUCCCCAAAUUUUAUAUUGCACAUUUCACUUCCUGGCGAUCAUUAUUCACGCACCUAUCACCGAUUCUCACCUUCUUGACUGUGUACCCGGUCUUCAGUGUGGCCAGUGAUUCGAAUUUCAAGGAUUCACCUGAACUUGUGUUCCUGUAUCCGUUUCGAUUCAUUCGAUGCCAUUUUUCGGUGCGCGAUUGUUUUGUUAGAAGUGAGAAAUCUGUGUUGAGAUUAGGUCAAGUGACUAGUAAAGUGCUGAUCUUUGUCGAAUCGAUUAUCUUUCUCAUCUUGACUGGUUCUGCGCUUCUAUAUGGCGUGGAGUUUGUAUACAAGGAUGCGACACUUUCUUUUUUGGAUGCCGUUUUUUUUACAACCAUUAUGUUGGGAACUGUUGGGUAUUUAAGUGAUAUAGUGCCAGAUUCGGCCUUUCCUCGAAUCCUUUUGUUGGUAAUAUUUACAAUGGGUCUUAUAUUUAUUCCGUACUCCAUAUCGGAAUUAACAAUAUUAUUACGCUCCAAAUCGCCAUAUGACAAAGCUUUUCGAAAAAUCUCUCCGCAGCCUCACGUUAUUAUUAUAACGCCGACGAUUGAAUUGCCUUCAUUAAGACACUUCUUAAAAGAAUUUUAUUCUUUGGCACAUGGGCCGGGAACUAUAAAUACUAAGGUUGUGAUCUUAAAUCCUGUUGAUCCCAAUGAACGGGUGAAAACAUUUUUAUCGGAUCCAAUGUAUGCUCAUAGAGUUCAAUACGUCCGUGGCAGCUCGCUCGAUUCGCGUAGCUUAAAAAAGGUUAAGGCAAAAGAUGCGUCAGCAUAUUUUAUACUUGCCAAAAAAUAUUCGCAACAAAGUGAAUCGAUCGAUGCUGAAAAUGUGCUGAAAGCAAUGGCAUUAAGAAAAUAUGACGAAGGACCUAAACUGUAUAUUCAGUGCAUUCUUCCAGAAAAUAAAAUUCACUUUGAGAGCUUGAAUCCCGAACAAAUCAUAUGCAUCGAUGAAUUAAAAUUGGCCAUUCUUGCACAUUCUUGCUUGACUCCUGGAUUUUCUACUCUCUUGUACGGUCUUACUACAUCAUUUACAAGUGAAUCUGUACACGAGUUAAGAUACAUGAAACGUAGGACAUCCCACGGAUUAGAUCAAGAUUCUAUAGAAGAUUAUAUUUCGGGAUUAUCUCAAUGCAUUUAUACUACCACAUUAUCGGAUUUUUAUUCUGGAAAUUCAUUUCUUUCUGUUGCUGAAAGCAUGUACGAAACGUUGGGGGUGGUAUUAUUUGCAAUUGGCAUUCCAAAACAGCGUUCUUAUUCUAAUUAUAGUGAUGAAUGGAGUGGUGACUGGGGUGAACAUUAUGAUGAUCAACAAGAUUUCAAAAAUUAUAUGGUGCUUAUAAAUCCUGGCGAUUAUAUAGUAAAGGGAGAUGAAAUUGGAUUUAUUAUCGCUUCUGAUGCUUCAAUACUCGAUGGGGUUAGAAUGGUUGGAACAGCCCAAUCAUAUAGAACAAGUCACACAGCAACAAAUGCCAUGAGUGAUAAUUCAACUGAUAGUCAACCAUUAGUACCUGUUAACUCAUUCAAGAGUGGUGAUGAUUAUUUUGGCAUAAAGAAAAAAUAUGGCUCAGUUGCGUCAAGAACGCCCGACCACUUUGAAUAUCCACAUAAACCGGAAUCAGCACCGUCAAUAAGACGUCAACGUGCAUUAUCUACUCCGCUUGCAUUUAACACUGAGAAUCAUGAACAUCACUCAGAACCGUCAGGAUCAUCAAGCGUCGCAGCUACUCCUGUCUUACAUGAAGGCGAAGCCUCCGUAAUUGAAAGUAUUUCUGGUCAUAUACUUUUAUGUGAUUACUCGCAAACCACUUUCCCGCGUAAUCUCGAUUGUUUUGUUAGCCCUUUGCGUAAAUCAUAUCUUGGUAAAACAAUACCAAUAAUAAUUCUGUCGCCAGCUAGACCAAAUCAAAGUCAAUGGCGAAUUUUAAGUCAGUUUCAACAGGUAUACUUUGUGCAGGGAAACCCCAUGACGAGAGAAGGUCUGGAAUGUGGCAGAGUUACUCGCGCUAAACAAGCAGUCAUCUUAACAGAUGCCUCAAGAAUAUUAAGGAAUGGUGAAAAAACGGAAGAUGCACCUGCAAUGUUAGUCUUUUUGAAUAUCAAAGCUAUGUGCGAUAUUCAAGUAUUUGUGGAAUUUGUUUAUACAGAUAAUAUGAAAUUCAUGUCUGAAGAUACCGCAGCUAUAGAUAAAGAGAUGCAGGCACAUCAUUCACCCGCGUUUAUGGCAGGAACUUGCUUCUCAUUAUCCAUGCUAGAUAGUAUAAUUUGUCAAUCGUAUUACCAGCCACAUAUAGUGUCAAUAAUUCAUCAAAUGUUAUUCGGCGCACCACCAUUACAACUACCUUCUGGUACAAAAUGUCCAGCACCAGCUCAUUCACAUGUAUUCCAAAUACCCAUGCCACAAGCAUACGUUGGCGCCAAGUAUUGCGUACUGUUUAGGGACAUGCUUGUGGAGAAGAAAGCGGUGCCGUUAGGUUUAUAUCGUACACGAACAGCAAGAUCUUCUUCGGGCGAUCUGAAGGAACUAAAAUACGUGUAUACGUGUCCUAAAGCUAGCGUAAUUCUUCGAGAUGAUGAUAUGUUGUAUGUUUUGAGCAAGAGAGAGCCAGUCAUGUAG